AGCGUGCACUUCAUCAACUGAAAAUGAAGCGGCAACACAGUCGCGCAAAUCUCGAAUCUCCGGCGGAAAUCAGCAGAAGCAAAACAGAGCAUUUGGCCGACCGCGUGAAUCGGAUGCGGAGAUCUCGCCCCCACCUGACACGCUAGAACGUCGACAGCAUGGUUAGCAGGGGUGGGCGCUCGAAGGGGUGCCUUAAUUGUCGAAAACGGCGCGUCAAAUGUGACGAGACGCGCCCAGUGUGUCUUCGCUGCAAGAAGAGAGGCCUUGAAUGCGACGGGCCAAAGGAAGCGACGUGGAUCAGUCAGAACACCGACUUCCAGAGCGAGUCAUAUCCAGACACUGCUCUUAUCCUGUCCGGCGAUAGUCCGACUCCGCCGCCGCAGCUCUCUUUUGAUGCAUUUGAUGACUUGAUAUGUCUGGCAUACACGCGCAAAAACCUACUGAGAGGAGGGCCAGUUGAGCUGGCGUGUAACAUGAUCGAGGCUCAGGCAGCCGGAUUCGAGCUCAGCAAUCCAGGCGUUGAUCUUCUCCGACAGUCCAUGCUUAGCUUGUCUGUAACGUUCUUCGGCAAGCAGCACCGCCAAACUCAGAUCACUCGGCGCGGCUACGCUCAGUACGGCGAGGUUCUGCGGCAGUUCAACUUCCAUUUGACCCAGCCCGACCUCCAGACCACCGACGAGACGAUCCUCACAGCAUUAACCUGCAUGCUGCUCGAGAUAUUCCUGCCAACCGGUCCACAGAAUUUCUUCAAGCAUCACCGCGGGUUAGAGGCUAUCAUGGCUAUGCGCGGACCGCCGACAGAAACCAUUGGAAAUACUGCGACCAUGUUUCGAGGACUGCGAAUACUAUCGAUCAUAGGCGCACUUGCAGAAUCAAGACCGUCGCUCUACGCCAGAGACGAAUGGAAGCGCGUGCCACCGCCGGCCAAUGCUACUGAAUUUAUGAAGCUCCAACACCGUAUUUUUGACUGCCUGGCCGACUGUACACAGCUCAAAAGCGAUCACAACGCCUUACUAAACGGGACUGCGCCAUUGUGGACCUACGAACCGCUGCGGCAACGUGUGCAAGAAACUCUAGAGGACCUUCAGAAACUGUAUCCAGACUACGAAAGCUUCAAUGCCUCACAAGUAGAUCCAGCCAAGAUAUUGAGUCCCUUAGCGAAAGAGCUAGGAGUCUCAAACUACAUCUCAGCCACCGCACUGAUGCUCUACAACACCGUCCACAUCUGUCUCCUCCAUAUCAUCAACUCGCUCGACCCGUCGCCCGCGAACACCAUACUCCGCAACCACGCCGCAAUGAUUAUCUCGAAGUGCCUCGAGCUCAAAGAACAAGAGCGGGAAGAAGGCAUAUACGAGUCCAACACAAUCAGCUUCGUCGCUACCAAGAUCGCAUGGCAGGCUCUCGGCGGCUUCGACUCGCCCGAGGGCCGGCGGCUGGCAAAGACGGUGGACAAAGUGCUUGACUCGGUGACACCAAUGCCAAUCAACGACAAGAACGCAUGGGAGAAUGCAAGCCCUGAAGAUGUGCGGGAUAAGUUCUUCGCGGGCUUCGUGAAGAGGUAUCCCGUAAGAUCGCCCGGUGUCAGAGCCAGUAAUCCAGCCAAGUUAGUCGAGAUUAGGAAUGGUGCGCAGACUCAGACUUGAGCGAAGACUGCCGGACGCACGAAAUCAUCGAAAUGCGAUCCUCUGCGCUCCUUUACUCUGCAACUUGUACAAGGACCUUCCUCGUUACCCUUCCAUGUCUCUGCACCUUCCACGCUUCCAGGGCCCCCUCAGUACACUCGCCUUGGAUCAACGGGUUGAUACAUACGGCGCCCGUACCCAGUAGUCCACAGAACGCCGGUAUAUAUGCCUGAGCAACGCCUC